AUGAGUCACCAGUCCACGGCAUCAGUCACCAGUCCACGGCAUCCAUACGUCCACGGCAUCAGUCACCAGCCCACGGCAUCAGUCACCAGUCCACGGCAUCAGUCACCAGCCCACGGCAUCCAUUACCAGUCCACGGCAUCAGUCACCAGUCCACGGCAUCCAUUACCAGUCCACGGCAUCAGUCACCAGUCCACGACAUCAGUCACCAGCCCACGGCAUCAGUCACCAGUCCACGGCAUCCAUUACCAGUCCACGGCAUCAGCAACCAGCCCACGGCCCCAGCAACCAGUCCACGGCAUCAGUCACCAGUCCACGGCAUCAGUCACCAGCCACGGCAUCAGCAAGCAACCAGUCCACGGCAUCAGUCACCAGUCCACGGCAUCAGUCACCAGUCCACGGCAUCCAUCACCAGUCCACGGCAUCAGGCACCAGUCCACGGCAUCAGUCACCAGUCCACGGCACAGUCACCAAGAGUACCAACUCCCACGGCAUCCAUCACCAGUCCACGGCAUCCAUCACCAGUCCACGGCAUCAGUCACCAGUCCACGGCAUCAGUCACCAGUCCACGGCAUCAGUCACCAGUCCACGGCAUCAGUCACCAGUCCACGGCAUCAGUCACCAGUUAGUCACCAACUCCACGGCAUCCAUCACCAGUCCACGGCAUCCAUCACCAAUCCACGGCAUGAGUCACCAGUCCACGGCAUCAGUCACCAGUCCACGGCAUCAGGCACCAGUCCACGGCAUCAGUCACCAGUCCACGGCAUCAGUCACCAGUUAGUCACCAACCCACGGCAUCCAUCACCAGUCCACGCAUCCAUCACCAGUCCACGGCAUCCAUCACCAGUCCACGGCAUCAGUCACCAGUCCACGGCAUGA